AUGGGUGUGCCUUUUGAGGCUUUGCUUCCCUACGGAAUCAUCGUUGGCUUCUUCGGCGUGACCGGCGUGGGCUUAUCUUUCGUGAAACGAUGGGCAAAUGAUGGAAAGCGGCCCAGACGCGGCAUUGAUGCUUGGGACAGACAAAUGAUGGAACGGGACCUACGGCUUACGGGUUCCCUCCGAGGGCAGACGGAUAACCCCAUAGCCCCCCGUGGAUUUGAAUUGAAUAACCCAUGGAAGCUGGAAAAACGGAUAUGCUAG